AUGGAUGAAUUUAGGUUAGCUAUGAGGCAAUACACAAUUAAUGAGGAGUUUGAUAUGGCCACCGAGAAAUCUGACAGUAAAAGAUUUAGAGGACACUAUAAAGGGGAAGGAUGUCAUUGGAUAAUUGUUAGAAGAAGGCAGGAUGAUCACAAAAACGUCAAGGUCACUAUUCUAGAAGAAAAACAUGAUCGUACAUCAAGCAGCAGGAUCAGAACUAGUAUGGCUUCUCAAGGGUGGGUGACUGAUAAGGCCAUGACUAUUCUACAAAAGACCCCAAACAUGGGUGCCAAAGAGAUGCAGGUAAAUUUACAAGAUGAGUAUAAUGUUACUAUUGGGUAUGACAUAGCUUGGAGGGGGAGAGAGAGAGCUAUGCAAGAGUUGUUUGAGGAUUGGGAACAGAGCUUUCAAUUGCUGUACAAUUUCAAGGCAGAGGUAGAACUAAGGUCUCCAGGAAAUGGUUGUAGGCCUUACCUUAGUAUAGAUUCCACUGCUUUGAAUGGAAGGUGGAAUGGUCAAUUAGCUGCAGCUGCUGCUUUAGAUGGUCAUAAUUGGAUGUUUCCUGUUGCAUUUGGCUUCGUAGGCUCUGAGACCGAAGAUAAUUGGAUAUUGUUUAUGAACCAGUUGCAUAGGGCUAUAGGAGAUCCUCCUCUUCUUGCUGUGUGCACAGAUGCUCGCAAAGGGUUAGAAAAUGCUGUGAAGAUGGUAUUCCCAAAUGCUGAGCAAAGGGAAUGCUUUAGGCAUCUCAUGCAUAAGUUUGUCAAGAAGUAUAGUAGUGAUUGUGCAGCCCAUAUGUAUCGUGCAGCUAGGGCAUACAAGCCUGAAAUGUUUCAGCACCACAUGACCAAGGUUCUAUCAGAAGAUCCUGAUGUGGAGCAAUACUUGAACAAGUGGCAUUCCUUGAUAUGGAUGAGGUGUUUGUUCAACAUGGACAUCAAGUGUGACUACAUAAACAAUAAUCUUGUUGAAUGCUUCAACAAUUGGAUUAAGGACCUCAAGGACUUUCCAGUUCAUGAUCUAGCCGACAUGAUUAGACAGAAGAUAAUGAUUCUCUUUGAUAAGAGGAGAAGGAUUGCAGAAAGACUUGACCACAAAAUUUUACCAUAUGUAUUGAAUCAGCUAAAAGCUAGAACAAGAGGAUUAGGCCAUCUGAGGGUUGUCUGGUCUAUCGAUUGGAGUGCUGAGGUUAGGGACAACAACAAUGAUAUGAGGCAUAUUGUGAAAACUAUAACCCGUGAGUGCACAUGUCUGGAGUGGCAACACACAGGCAAGCCUUAUGAACAUGCUUUAGCUUUUCUAAUCACACAGAGGAACAUCAAUCUUGAGGACUAUGUACAUGAGUUCUACUCCCUACAAAAAUUCAAGGCUGCAUAUGCAUGGCUCAUAGAGCCAUUGACAUACAAGUCAUAG